AUGGAUAGUUCAAAACAUGGAAUAUUUGUUGAACGAACACUUGCUUUAAUUAAACCUGAUUGUAUUAAUAAAGCUGAUGAAAUUGAAACAAUUAUUCUUAAACAAGGUUUUACUAUUUUACAAAAAAGACGUAUAACAUUAACAGCUGAACAAUGUUCAGAUUUUUAUAGUGAACAUUAUGGAAAAAAAUUUUUUCCAAGUCUUGUUGCUUUUAUGACAAGUGCUCCUAUUGUUGCUAUGAUUUUAGCAAAAGAAAAUGCCGUACAAGAAUGGAGAGAUUUAAUUGGACCAACAAAUUCAAAUACAGCAAAAGAAACAUAUCCAGACAGUAUUCGAGCAUUAUACGGAACAAAUGAACAAAAAAAUGCAGUACAUGGUAGUGAUAGUGCAGUAAGUGCUGAAAGAGAGAUUCGAUUUUACUUUCCAAAUUGUGUUGUUGAACCGAUUCCAACUGGACCACCAGCAAGAGAUUAUCUUGAAGAAAAUGUUAAUAAAACAUUAAUUAAAGCAUUAACUGCUUUAUGUAAAGAGAAACCUAAAGAUCCAGUGUUAUGGUUGGCUGAUAAACUUAUGGAAAUAAAUCCUUAUAAACCAAAAUUAAAUCAAAAUGAAAUACGACUAUCAACAAAUAGUGAAUAA